AUGUCGCUCAUUGAGGAAUAUGCAGAAGGAGAAUAUGAGAGAGCGCCAAAGCGACUCAAAACGUCGGAGGUUGAGGAAGGAGAGGACUUGGAGGAAGGGGAGGAUUCGGAUUCAGCAUCCGCCGGGCUGCUAGGAGACGAGGACGAUGAUACGGGGCCCGGCGGGGAAAACAGACCCCGUUGGACCUCAUCAAAAUACGGGUCUACAAGAAAGGGUAAUGGAGAUGACACCCAUCGGAUUGCUCCCUCUCCAGUUGUCCAUGUGCGUGGCCUCUGUGAAUCAGUGGUGGAAGCUGAUUUGGUGGAGGCUUUGGAGAAGUUUGGCAACAUCUGUUACGUGAUGAUGAUGCCAUUCAAACGCCAAGCGUUGGUAGAGUUUGAGGACGUGGAGAGUGCCGACAGGUGUGUGGCGUGUGGUUCAAACGAGGCAGUCUACAUUGCUGGCCAACAAGCUUUCUUCAACUACUCCACCAGCAAGAGAAUCACACGCCCGACCAACUCUGACGACCCCAACAGCGGGAACAAAGUGCUGCUGCUCUCCAUUCAGAACCCUCUCUACCCAAUCACUACGGAUGUGCUCUAUACAGUGUGCAAUCCAAUUGGAAAUGUACUGCGUAUUGUGAUCUUCAAGAGGAAUGGAAUCCAAGCUAUGGUUGAGUUUGAAUCCAUUCAGAAUGCCCAGAAGGCUAAAGCGGCCCUCAACGGAGCAGACAUAUACGCAGGCUGCUGCACGCUGAAAAUCGAAUACGCUCGGCCCACACGCCUCAAUGUCAUCAGAAACGAUAACGACAGCUGGGACUACACUAAACCCUUCCUGGUCAGAAGAGAGCGAGGAAAAGGCAGACAAAGACAAGCCAUUCUGGGGGAGCAUCCAUCCUCCUACGGUGACAACGGCUAUGGGUCACAUUGCCCCCUGCUGCCGCUGCCUAGCAACAACAGGUACAAGAGGAGCUCCCAUGAUGUCCCAGAGGUGGUUGCCUACCCCUUGCCCCAGACAUCAUCAUACAUGGGUCCUGCCUCCAGUUCUGUCGCCAUGGUUAGUGGCCUACACCCUGCCAAGAUGAACUGCACCCGGAUCUUCAACCUUUUCUGUCUCUAUGGAAACAUAGAGAAGGUGAAGUUUAUGAAGAGUGUUCCUGGCACAGCGCUGGUAGAGAUGGGGGAUGAGUAUGCAGUUGAUCGUGCCAUCACACACCUGAAUAGUAUCAAGGUUUUCAGCAAGAGGCUCAACGUCUGUGUUUCCAAGCAGCAUGCUGUCAUCCCCAGCCAGGUCUUUGAGCUGGAAGAUGGCUCCAGCAGCUACAAGGACUUUGCAAUGACCCGAAACAACCGCUUCACCAGUGCUGGGCAGGCGUCCAAGAACAUCAUCCAGCCACCAUCUUGUGUGCUGCACUUCUACAAUGUGCCACCCUGUGUCACCGAGGAGGAGCUGCUGAGGUUAUGCAAAGAACAUGACGUACCAGGCUUCAUCAAGUUCAAAGUGUUUGAUGCCAAACCAAGCUCCAAAACCAUAUCGGGAUUACUUGAGUUUGACAGCAAGACGCAUGCAGUGGAGGCCCUGACAGUCCUCAACCACUACCAGAUUAGAAUACCCAAUGGCUCUAAUCCAUACACGCUGAAACUCUGUUUCUCCACUUCCUCACACCUCUGA